AUGUCGAAUUUUUCUAAAGAUCAUCCAUCAAUUCGUGUUUUUGCACCACCGGGUGGUCGUACUGCUAAUAUAUUUGGUGUACCAGAACCUGAACCACCAAUGUCAAUAAAGAAAAAUCAUAUGGAAUCAGAUAUUUUCGGUUGUAAAAAAGAUAAUACUGGUUUUGUACCCGUCAAACAAACACGUAAUGUAACAAAUAAUAUCUAUGGAAAUGAACCUGAACAGAGCGUUCAAAAAUCGAAUAUGUAUUCAAGUAAAAAUAAAUCAACUAUAUUUGAUGAAGCACCACCUCAACAACCAUCAAAUAAACCUGAUCGUCAACGAUCAGAUAUAUUCGGUACAAAUGAACCUACACAAUCAGCAUCAACACGUGUAGUUUCAGAAAGAUUCAAGUCAAAUAUAUUUGGUAAUGCAAAUGAUGAUGUACAAACAAAACGUCAACCAGGUACACGACAAGGUUUACGAGUGGGUUAUAAUCCAAUCAAUGGUGAAUCUUAUUCAACUAAAGAUGGUUUAAAUGCAAAAAUUGAACAAUUAGAAAUUAAAGAUAAUGAAAAAGAAUCAGAUGAUAUAAUUAAAACAUCUGAAACAGACGAAGAACAUGGAGAACAACAACAAGUUGAGAAUGGUAAAACUGAAACAAAUGUAAAUGCUAGUGAAAAUGGUGAUGCUGAAACAAAUGUAAAUGCCAAUGAAAAUGGCGAUACACAAGUAUCCAUUGAGAAACCUUCUAAUGGUACUACUAAUGGUACUAAUGGACAUAGUACUGCGAAGAAUGGACAUACCAGUGUUCGUGUAUUUCAUCCACCUGGUGGUCGAUCAAAUGGCCCACUUUGAAGUCAAAAUAUGAUCUCAAACGGUGCAUUAGAUGGUGAAAUGUAUGGAGUUUCACCAUUUCAGCAAGGAAGAACAUUUAUGACACCACCACGUAAUCCACCAGUUUAUUAUAAUAAUCCGAGUUAUUCCCAACCAUCUAUGAUGACACGUGAUGGAACAUUGAAUAAUCCUGGUGCUGGUGCUAAUCCAAAUAAUACUAGUGCCUACUUAUCCGAUUUACAUUCACAUUCAGUACAAAACAAAUUUUCACAUCCUAACAGUAUGAUGGGUACAUCUCGUUUAGCUCAUCUUGGUGUUAGUGGUCCAUUUAGUAGUCUUGGUCCUGUUUCCAAUCAUGUACGCAAAAGCUUACAAAUGACAAUCGAUGCCGCAGCCGUGGAUAAUAAUGCACGCAUAUCGCCCGAAAAUAAUCUUGAUUUUUAUGCUUAUUCACAAGCAGCACCAUACAGUAUGCAACAAUUGUCUGAUGAUGAUCUGCUUAUUGGUGGUACAAGUCAUGAUGAAAAAGAACGUACAAUACCACCUGAUAUGCCAUCUGUACGACAGGCACGACCAGAUUUUGCAUAUUUUAUGAGUGAUGAAUUGAGAGGUGAAUUACUCAGGCGUAAUCAGAUAUUAACUGCAUGUGCAAAUCUUGAUGUAGCUGGAGCUAUGCCAGAACGCGUAGGUGAUUACUACAAUUUAGUACCACUUGAUAGUAGUCAAGCUAAUGUCCCACAUAAAUCCCGUACAUUUCGUUAUCAAACUAUUAGUUAUAAAGCAACACAUAUACGAACUAAUGCUGUAUGUUAUUUAAAAAGAAUAAUGGGAUGUAAAUUACCAACAACACGCCUUUAUGAUGUUGUUGAAGCAUGGAAAAAAAUCGCUCAUGCUAAUAUUGUACAAUUACGUGAAGUUUUUUUAACAAAAGAUUUUGAUGAUGAACAACCUUCUAUCGUUUUCGUCUAUGAUUUUAUUCCAAGUUGUGAGACAUUACAAAAACGACAUUUUAAUGCAAGUAAUAGUUUACUUAAAGGCUGGGCAAAUCCUUAUAAUAUAUCUGGUGAAGAUCGUCCAUUCAGCGCUGGCAAAGGAACAAGUCAAACAGGUUUAUUAUCUGAAUCACUUAUUUGGGAAUAUGUUGUACAAAUAUCUUCAUUUAUUCGAACAUUACAUGGUGUAUCACUUGCUUGUCGAUGUUUGCAUUUAUCAAGAAUACUUGUAGAUGGCGAUUCAAGAAUAGGACGCGUAAAGUCUAGAAUAUGGCUUAGUGGUGUAGGUAUUGCCGAUAUUCUUGAUGGAGCAAUUAAUGGCACUGUUCAUCAACAUAUACAAAAUGACUUACAAGAUUUCGGUCGUUUAAUAUUAAUGUUAGCAUGUAAUUCAAUUGUAGGCGCACAAAAAGAACACCUACAAACAUCAUUAGAAAUAGUCCAACGAAAUUAUUCACAUGAUCUUAAAAAUCUUAUUCUACAUUUCUUAUUACCAACAAAUACAUUGAAACCAAAAAAUAUUAAUGACUGUAUGCCAAUGAUUGGUGCACGAUUUUAUGCACAGAUUGAUAAUUUACAUGUACGCGGAGAUAUUCUUGAAAAUGAAUUGGCUAAAGAACUUGAUUGUGGUCGUUUGUUUCGUAUGAUUUGUAAACUUGAUGCACUUCUUGAACGACCAGAACACUCAAUGAAUCAAGCUUGGUCUGAAACAGGUGAUCGUUAUAUAUUAAAAUUAUUUCGUGAUUUUGUAUUUCAUUCAAUUGGUUUCGAGGGUGAACCCAUUGUUGAUAUCGCACAUAUUGUUCAAUGUUUAAAUAAAUUUGAUGCAGGUUCACAUGAUAAAAUCUGUCUAACAUCACGAGAUGAACAGAAUGUUAUUAUUGUUAGUUAUUCUGAAUUACAUCAAGCUUUUGAACGUGCUUUUACUGAAUUAAUGAAUUAUGGAACAACAGGAUCAUCUUAA